CCCGGGGCGAGGUCAGUGUACUCCGGGCGCUACGCUGGUUGUGUACGCUGUGUCUGCUGUGAGCAUGGCUGAGGAAGAAGGAAAUCAGGAGAUCACUUCCAAGAUGGAAAACCCCUCAGAUUCAGCAUCCACUUCACCUGACAUUCCUCAGACCAGUGAGAAUCCACCAUCACCCCCAACCUCACCUGACAAGCCUCAGACCAGUGAAAAUCCACCAUCACUCCAUUCGAAUAGUUCAGGAAAACAACCUAUGAGUGGGACACUUAAAGAAAGAUUAAAGAAAGCAAGAGCUUCAUCUCAACCUUUUUGUAGUGUGGUGAAGCGUAUUAAGGUAGAGAAUGAAGAAAAUGAUCAGACCCUUUCAGAACCAGGAGAAUCUUCAAAAGAAGAAAACUGUUCAAAAGCCCAAGAAAGCCUGGAAAACAAAGACAAUGAACCUGAAAAAGAGAGCUCAGAGGAUAAAAAUACGAGUGAAUCUAAGUCACUUGAUACUGGGUCAUCCAGUGUCCUCCAAAAAGAUUCUACUGAGAAGACUAUAAAGCAAACUUUGAAGGAAGAAAAAGCAAAACUGACUAGGCAGGUUCAAGAGAAGGAAGACCUUCUUCGGAGGUUAAAGUUAGUCAAAAUGUACAGAAUAAAGAAUGACGUGACUGAGUUAGAGGAUUUAAUAAAGAAGUGGAGGAGGUGUGGCCAGCGGCUGCUGUGCGAGUUGCAGUCAAUCAUGUCCGAGGAUGAGGACGAGAAGCUGACCCUCACUGAGUUGAUCGACUACUAUGGGAUAGACGACAAAUUGCUGCACUAUAAUAGAACUGAAGAAGAGUUCACAGGGGUUUGAUACUGUUGUUUUUUUUUUUUUUCUUCUUCAGGCUUUUGUCCCCCUCUCUUCUUGGGGGCCUCAAAAAAUGUGCUCUGUUCCUGAGCUGUACAGUUAGCCCCUUUACAGAAUAUCUUUGAGAAUGGCAAUGAAAAGAGAAAUGAUUUAAAGGGAAAAAAGAUCUAAGCUGUUGUGGCUUAGGCGGAGGAAUGUUGAACAGUUCGGGAUAUUCUGACACAAAAUUAUAAAGCGAAGCUUAGUAUUUUGGAUAUGUUUGCUAAAGAAAAUAUUUAAGUAUAAAAAAAUUAAAAUUGUGUUUAAAACAGAGUUUGGAUAAUUCUAGAAACCAGGUUUAAUACAUUGAUUUUUGGGGCAAAAGGUUUUAUAUUCAGUAUUAAAAAGUAGUCUGUUGAAUGUCUAAACCUCACGUGACAUAAAUGUAACCUGACUCUCUUAAGUUUGUGGACCUAUCCUCAUAUGCUUAACAUCUGUCUGCUAACUUAGCAGCUAAUUAAACUUACCUGUGUACAGUUUUCUCCA